AUGCAUUUACCACGGAGAAGGCGGCUACAACAGAACCGAAUCUUUUUCUUGCUUGCCACAGUAUUGGCCCUCUCUCUCUAUCAGCUGCAGUUCAGCCCCCCUGCCCUUCCAGCACCGCGCACAGCCCCCCAAACCAAGGACCUUGUGAAAGCUACUUCCAGGGACCACCCCAGCAACAAGACUGCCAUAACAGGCAAUGCCACAGCAGCAUCCAAAACAAGGCACUGUAUAUAUGUGGAUGCCGGGCCAACUGUGCCCAUCACUACAUCAGUGGAUACAACACCACAGGAGGAAAAUGUCAGUGCAAGCUACCCAGAUGAAAAGCCAAAAUAUGAUUCCAAAGGAGAAUAUCCUGAGGACCUAUUCAGUGUGGAAGAACGCAGGCAAGGGUGGGUUGUACUUCACAUCUUUGGCAUGAUAUAUGUGUUUGUGGCCUUGGCCAUGGUGUGUGAUGAGUAUUUUGUCCCUGCCUUGGGAGUGAUCACAGAAAAGUUACAGAUCUCUGAAGAUGUGGCUGGAGCCACCUUUAUGGCAGCAGGUGGAUCAGCACCAGAACUCUUCACCUCCCUCAUAGGUGUCUUCAUCUCACACAGCAAUGUGGGCAUCGGUACCAUUGUGGGCUCAGCAGUGUUUAAUAUCCUCUUUGUCAUUGGCACCUGUGCCCUCUUCUCAAGGGAGAUACUCCACCUGACAUGGUGGCCCUUAUUUAGAGACAUCUCGUUCUACAUUGCAGACUUACUGAUGCUCAUCCUGUUUUUCCUAGACAGUGUCAUUGAUUGGUGGGAAAGCCUCCUUUUACUGACUGCCUAUGCCACAUAUGUAUUCGCUAUGAAACACAACGUGUACCUAGAACAAUGGGUGAAGCAGGAGCUGAACAGGACGCUAAAUACUGUGCAGGCAGCAUCAGCAGAGCAUAUGCGGAAGAAAAGCAAUGGGGCAGUUGCAGAUGAUGGAACAAAGAAGCCAGCAGAUGGGAGGAAGCUGCAGCCUACGUCAGCCUUACAGCGAGGCAGCAGCUCAGCCUCCCUACACAACUCUCAAAUGCGCAGCACCAUCUUCCAACUCAUGAUCUCCACCCUGGACCCCCUGGCAGAAGCAAGGUUUAAAGACAAGGUUGACAUGCUGAACAACUUGGCCAAGGCUAAGGUAGAUACUGUGAGCAAACAAGAAUCAAAACCAGAAGCCGAAGAGGAAAAGGCGGCACAAUCAAACACUCUUCAAGUAACUCCUGCCACUGACUCUGAACCCAGCAAAGACAAACACAAGGCAGACGCACCGCAAGAUGGACAGCAUUCUUCAGACAGCGAUGACUCAGAAGAUAGCAGCUCUGAGACUGAGGAAGACAGUGAUGACAGCACAGAUGAUGAAGAAAAUGAUGAGCCACUAUCUCUUGAAUGGCCAGAAACCAGAAAAAAACAAGCUAUUUACCUUUUCCUCUUUCCCAUUGUCUUCCCUCUCUGGAGCACUAUACCUGAUGUUAGAAACCCAGACUCCAAAAAAUUCUUUGUCAUCACAUUUUUUGGAUCCAUCAUCUGGAUUGCAGCAUUCUCUUACCUCAUGGUGUGGUGGGCUCACCAGGUUGGUGAAACAAUGGGGAUAUCAGAAGAAAUUAUGGGAUUAACCAUACUGGCAGCAGGAACAUCAAUCCCUGACCUUAUCACCAGCGUCAUUGUUGCACGCAAAGGCUUAGGCGACAUGGCUGUCUCCAGUUCUGUAGGCAGCAAUAUCUUCGAUAUCACUGUUGGUUUGCCAGUUCCUUGGUUCCUUUAUUCUGUCGUCCAUGGACUCAGUCCAGUUGCAGUCAGUAGUAAUGGUCUGUUUUGUGCAAUUGUUCUCCUUUUUCUAAUGCUUCUAUUUGUAAUCAUCUCAAUUGCUGCAUGUAAAUGGAAAAUGAACAAAAUACUGGGGCUCACUAUGUUUGCUCUUUACUUUGUGUUUUUGAUCAUCAGUGUGAUGUUAGAAGACAGGAUAAUAUCCUGCCCAGUAUCUGUAUGACACCUGGACACUCCAAUACUGUUUUUCUAAAUAAGAUACUGAUAUGCAUACAUCAAAAUCAAAAGGGGUUUAAGGUAGCUAUUGUUCUACUGAAUCAGAACAAUCUGAAUUAUAACAGAAACUUACCAAUAUUAAAAUAUCUUUAAUAUAUUAAAAAUAAAACAAACAAAAAAAAUCAAGUGGUGCAUCUGCUUCUACUGUUUUCCUUAGAACCCAGAAAAAUCAGAUAUUGAAGCAACCAGUAUCAAACAAAACACACUUCUGGAUACUCACGGAAAGGCUGAUACAGACACACUGUUUUCAGUGUGACCGAUCCGCUCAAGUUAAUAGAGCUAAGUUCCAGCACAUAAUGUUACUCAUCAUAGUAACUCUUUUUCAGCAUCACACUCUAAAUUAUUAAUUUAACAAACAGCUUGAGCUCACUGAAGUCAAAGAACUUCACUUCAGUGGGAACAAAAAUCAGACCUUUAUGGUUUGUUCCACUACUUUGCUUAAAAUCCCUGUGUGGACACACAUUCUGCAUUUCAGAAGUGAACUCCCUUAAACUGCAUAAAAGCAAUGAGUCCCUACACAGAACACAUCAUUUCCUAAGGUUUGCACUGUAGCUAGUUUGCCACGACUUCCCUGUGCAGAGGACAAUAUUCAUCCUCUCAGUGAGAGCCCCUACAAAGCAUCUACAAUGAGUAUUCAAAAUACCUCCAAAAAGCUGUGCAAAGAUGUGAUGCACAUUACAAGUGAUGAUUGCUGCUUAAGACCAUGCAAAAUACAAUGCUAAAGUUUUCAGGGAAAAAGCAAAGCAGUAAAAGUUAUUUCUCCAUGCAGUAGAAAACAGGAUUUGAAAGUUGCACAGCAAUCCACUAGGCUUCUUUUAAGCAGGCAUCUAAUCUUGCAAUACAAUCCCUAAAAUUUAUGGUAAUUACAACCAAUGCGAGUGUGACAUCAUAUGGAUUUACAUCUCACUGUAAAGAGACUAAAUGGAUCUGGGGAUAGAAUACCAAACUGCAAACUAGUAAAAGCUAACAUCAGGAAGUGGAAACAUUACAAUAAGAGGAAGUUGAAAUGCUUGAGUUCUGUUUUCAUCCUGACACUAACCUCCAAAAUUUGGAGACUGCUGUAUCCAGCACUAGUUCCUGGUUUUAGCACUGUCUUUACACAACCAUUAUGAAAAAUGCCACUGACAUCAACUAUCAACAAACCUGAAUGAUUUAUUGUUAACAUUGCCUCAUGUGAGCAAACAAUGUAGUUAAAAGUUGCAGACAUUUCUGUCAUUCUAAUCCAUUUAAUAAAAUUUUAAUGAA